AUGAAUCCAACGCGGAAUCCAGCGCUCAGCAUCUACAGACCUGGUCUAUUCAAUGGAAAAGUGGCCAUCGUGACAGGCGGUGGCACUGGAAUUGGAAAGAGCAUUGCGUACGAGCUGGCGUUCCUUGGCUGCACUGUCGUGAUUGCAUCUCGGAACCUUGAACGACUCAAAGCUGCAGCAGACAAAAUUCAAGCAGAUGUGAAGUCUGCUUGUCCGUCUUCUGUGGGAUCGGUACACGCGAUUGCGUGCAAUAUUCGCAAUGAAGAACAAGUCUCAAACCUGGUAGAUGAGACGUUGGUACUUUUCAAACGCGUAGAUUUUCUUGUAAACAAUGCUGGUGGUCAAUUUCGUUCGCUUGUUGAAGACUUGUCUCCUAAGGGUUGGAAGGCUGUGAUGGAUACGAAUCUAAAUGGGACUUUUCUUAUGACUAAAAAGGUUUAUCACGCCUACAUGAAGGAGCACGGCGGCAGUAUCGUCAACAUUAUCAUAGUUUCAAACAAUGGAAAUCCAGGCUUUGCACACAGUGCCGCAGCUCGCGCAGGUAUCGAAAAUCUGUCUAAAUCACUGUCGGUAGAAUGGGCAUCGUCCGGCAUUACUCUCAAUUGUGUUGCACCGGGUAUCAUCCUUUCGAGCGGUGUUGAGAAUUAUUCUAGUGGGGCUGAGAUGUUCGUCUAUGCUGCUGAAAAAAUCACAGCUGCGAAGAGGAUGGGGAGCGUCGAAGAAGUCUCCGCCAGCGUACUCUAUUAUUUGUCUCCUGCAGGUGCAUACAUAACUGGUGACACCAUGCACGUGGACGGAGGUUGGCAUCUUCUUGGUCCAUUGAUCGACGUACCAGAGCACGAAAAUAAUCGCGCAUACGGUACCUGCAAAUUGUAA